AUGCCGUCAAAAUCUGUCCAAACCGCCCUGUUUCGUGGCGCGAUUGAAUUUCACUCAAACCCCCACCCCUGUUUUCUUCUUCCUCUAGCCGCACCUCCCUUCACCAUAACCCACCACCAUCCGACCACCGUAGGACGCCGGACCAGCCCAGAAAGGACCAGCGACAUCUCAGCAGCUCAGCCCGACCCUUUCCCCGUCGCCUGCCGCCACGAAUCGCCAGAGAGAACCAGAAAAUCGCGUCAGUUUUGGCAGAAUUUCGUCGGCUCCGUUCGUCGUCAUCCGGCCACCAAAUCGGAUGAAUUAGGCACCCGGGCACCAGGUGACCCGCAGGAGGGACCUUCAAAGGGUCUAGCUAGCUCAGAGUACCUGCAGUAGUCGUGCGUCAGCGCGCCACCACCGGGCCGAGUCCAUCUUCCGCCACAUUUUCCUGACAACGUAGGGUCUUGUGUAAUUAUUUUAUACCUGUAAUCU